UUGAGGCGGAAACGUUGCUGAAAGGACAGGAUGAAAAUGGAGAUGUUCCCAGAGUGGAGGAGGAAGAAGAUAAGAUGAAGGUGGAAGAUGCUCUGACAGAGGCUGAGAUUCAGGCUGAGAUUCAGGCUGAGACUCAGGCUGAGACAGAGGCUGAGACAGAGGCUGAGACUCAGGCUGAGACUCAGGCUGAGACAGAGGCUGAGACUCAGGCUGAGACUCAGGCUGAGACUCAGGCUGAGACUCAGGCUGAGACUCAGGCUGAGACUCAGGCUGAGGAAGAUGCUGAGAUCCAGGAGGGUGACAGGAGAAGAGAAACAGCUGGCAGAGAGCACAGCUGAUGUGAAGGCUGAGGACGAGACCCCUGUCCCAGAGAAGGGGGACUCUGCUGGAGACAGCCUGGAGAACAGUGAAGAAGACCUGUACAGAGGAGCCGAGGAGCUGUCAGAAUUACAGAAAGAGAAACCAGAAAGUACAAUUUUGAAGGUGGAGGACAGAUGCAGUUUGGCACCAGCAGUGGAUAUUCUGUCGUACAGUGAGAGGGAGUGGAAAGGAAACACUGCCAAAAGCGCUCUCAUUAGAAAGGGUUAUAAGGAGAUGUCCCAGAGGUUCAUCAGCGUGAGGAGAGUGAGGGGAGACAACUACUGCGCCCUCAGAGCCACCCUGUUCCAGGUGCUGUCCCACAGCACCCAGCUGCCCCAGUGGCUGCAGGAGGACGCUCACAUGCUGCCGAAGCGCCUUGAGGCCCAGGAAGGUCUGAUAAGCCAGUGGACAUUUCCUGGAGACUGCCUGCAGGGAGAUGGGAUGGGAGAUGCUACCCUGCAGCUAAAAGGCUACAUGGAGCUUCUGAGGGAUAAGUGGCAGGCAGCCGUGGACUGCCCCUCUGCUGUGGAGCGGCAGCAGCUCUGUGAGCGGGUGUUUCAGGGUGGAGAAGAGGAGCUGGGGCUGAUGGAGGCGCUGAAGCUGCUGAUGCUGGGCCGGGCGGUGGAGCUGCACCGCUGCAUGCAGGGCGGGGGGGACAUCCCGCUCUUCUGCUGGCUGCUGUUCGCCCGCGACUCCUCCGACUGCCCCCGCUCCUUCCUCUGCAACCACCUCGGACACGUGGGCCUCAGCGCCGGGCUAGAGCAGGUGGAGAUGUUCCUGCUGGGCUACGCCUUGCAGUGCACCAUCCAAGUUUACAGACUGUACAAGGUCGACACGGAGGAGUUUGUCACCUACUACCCAGACGACCAUAAGGACGACUGGCCGUUUGUGUGCCUCGUCACCGAGGACGACCGCCACUACAACGUGCCAGUUGUAGAAGCUGCGGAAGAACUACACGAGCCGCUCAACUCGAGCUGAUCGCCACUGCAGAGAAAUCUCCUGCCAUAUAAACAAAGCACUCCUCAGGUCAAUCCAGAUUAUUACAUUUACGCCAAUUAAAGAAAUAGUUUGACAUAUUGGGACAUGUGCUUUUUGGCUGAGAGUUAGACAGAUCAAUACCACUCCUGUCAUGUCUGUUGAGUAUGAAGCGACAGCAAGCAGCAGAUUAGUUUAGCAUAAAGACUGCAAACAGUUGGAAACAGCUAUCCUGGUUCUGUCUUUGUGCUAAGCUAACUAGCUGCCUGUUGUUGUUUCAUAUUAGACAUGCAGACUUAAGAGUGGUAUCAAUCUGUAUAUUUAACUCGCAGCAGAAAAGCAUGUUUUUUCCCCCAAAAUGUCGCUUUAUUCCUUUAAAACAAAAAUAUGCUGAUUUGAGACCCUGUGCAAGAUGUGCUUUACACAUGUCUGUACACACUGUACUGUAUACAGAGUUUUCUAUUUGAGUAUGUGUACAUAUCUGUGCAUCUGAUUUUACAAGAUCAUCUCAGUGAGAUCCAAAUUAGUUUGGAGGGUGUCAUUUUGAGGUGGGGGGUAAAAAAAAAGCCCAUGUUUUUUUUUCUCUGUUAAUUGUGAUCAAAACACAACAGAGCUGCCAACAGCGCCAAAAGAUUAAAUGGAUGGGGUUUACACUGGAAUUUGGGCACUUUAAGUUGCAUAUUAAUUUAUUAUUUUUCCAUUUUCUACUAAGUGAAAUGAGUGAAUUAGUAUAAGAGCGUUUGAUGACUUAUCAGGUUUAACAACAGCUCACACCCGACUGGUGGAUUUAUAUGAAUAUUUAUCACGACCUCUGCGUCAGAGGCGUGAUUUGUGAUGGUCUGUGUGUGUGUGUUUGCAACUAUGCGUGUGUGUCGAACUAAAUGUGUAACAUGUUGCCUUUUAACCAAGCUGUUCUGAAGGGAAAAACUUGCCAAAGUUGCUGCAAAUACUGGCAACAGUCCCACCCACCAGCCACUGGAUUCAGUUUGAAGCUCGCUUGGUCCGCCAUGUUGCCUUAGGAAUAAUGCACAAUAAGAAUGAAUGUUGGUUAUUACUGAUAAGAGGCCAUUUUCUCGCCCUUAUUCCAGAGCAGGUGAAGGUGAUCUGUUAGCAGUAAAUAUUGAUUAUGCCAUUUUGCAGGAAUGUUUUCUCUGUUUAUGGAUGGCAUUUAGAUUCAACUAAAGUACAAUUUUUGUAAAAGUCUUUUUUUCUCCUUAUGAUUUAAUCAGCUUGUUGAAGCCUUGCCUAAUUUUGUGAGAAAUUUGAACAGAAGUCUAAGAAGUACCAUACAGAAAAUGACAUUUAAGUUUGUUUGGGGUCUCAGACUCUUUCUGUAUAUCAUGGUUGAAUACAAUGAAGUUUCCUAUGCUCUAAAACUGA